AUGGUCAAAUGUAUGAACAGAUUGUAUUUAUCACAAAAGUCUAUAAAGAAGGCUAAGACCAAUUGCGCUAGACGACAUAGGGCAGAGAAUUUACAACGAUCGGCAAAUGGCGAACUUACCGACUACAAUAGAAAUUGGGUUGAUGUGUCGCUCAUGAAGGGUGAUGAAUUGAAGAGGGAGCUAGGAGAACGAUAUGGUUGCACAUCUUCCGGAAUAGCAGUGGCUCGUUUACGUAACAAGUUAGUUAUAGCACGCGAUCUUGGUACAUCAUGGGCGUUUGUUUUGGAUGCAUCAGGACCGCAUAUCAAUUAUCUCUUGGACAAUAGAGCGGUAGAGUACAACAAACGCGACUUGGUUGGAGACCGAAGAGAUUUACUACUAGCUGAGAUACGCUCUAAUAAUGAUAUUCGCUAUCUUACUGCAGAGGGUGGGGUAGUAGCACCGCAAGAAGAGUACGAUAAUAUAGCGUAG